AUUCUAUGCUUUGGUGUUGAUAAAAACAUUCUUAUCAUUAUCAGAGAAAAUUCAAUUAUUCAAUGAUCAAUGCUACUAUUGUGAUUGUUGUGCGCUGUAACGUUGUGCUCUGAAUACUCAAUGCCUGUUAUUAGUCGUAAAAAUUAAGAAUGAGAUGCUGAGUAAAAUAUCUUGUAUCUAUCUCAGUCUCAACUUACCACCCGCCUCCCAGAAAUUCUUUGCACUUAUUCAACCUGUAUUCACUGCUUGACAUAGGUGUCAAAACAUUGUUAAAAGUCCCUCGCAGGAAACAUUCGCAGGCUGACUUGUUGCUGAUCAGAAGGAAGAGGCUCUAACUAUCCUUGAUAAAUGACAUGCCAAUAGCUUGACUAACUUUCAAAAAAGGUAUGACUGAAUGUUUGGCUGAGGUGAUGAUAAAAUUUUGAAUUUCUGAGCAAUCUUGUGCAAGAAAUUUUCUCAUGCCUCUGGAAAGAACUCGCUCAACCUUUGGCAAACCAUCUAAAAGCAAACGGGUGACCAGUAUGCCGAAAUUUGAUGGAGAGGCUGCUCAGUUGUACGUCAACUUAAAGUCAGACACAGACGCAGAUUUUGUUUUGCCGCAGCCGUUAAAAUCUAAGUUACACGAUCUAUUUAGCCAAAUUGAAAAGGAAUUCGAAACCAUGUACCUGGACUACCUGCAUUUGCAAAACAAAGUGGAUAUUUUAAAUGAUAAGUUGGAGCGUGAAACUUAUGAAGAGAAAACUUAUGGAGAUCUAGCGGAAUGCGACUGUGCAACAGCUGGUAAAUCUCGAAGUAACUUGAAACAGAAAAGUGGUCUACAUGGUGGCUCAUCUCAGAAAUUGAAAACUGCACACAAGUUAAAAGCUCAAACCAGUAAAAUUGUCUCCAGCUUCAAAACACCAAGUAUCACAUGCUCUUUGGUCAAAGAAUUUUCCGGUCAUCGGGAUGGGGUCUGGGAUGUCGAUGUACCUGUUACCAACCAGCCACUUGUCGGAACAGCAUCUGCAGAUCAUACAGCAAGAAUUUGGAAUGCUAUCAGUGGCCAUUGCUUACUUCAGUAUGCUGGUCAUAGUGGCUCAGUAAAUUCGAUUAAAUUUCACCCCAACAAAGAUCUUGCCCUAACUGCCAGUGGUGACCAGACAGCUCAUAUUUGGCAAGCUCUUGUUAAUUGGGAACAAAGUGUGAAAAAUAAUUCGGACGAAGAUAUUGAUGCAGAUGAAAAUUGUGGUGAAGACAACACUCCUGUUCCCAUUCUAAGGACACCACUGUGUGAGUUACGAGGUCAUGAUGGGGUUGUUGUGGCAGCAGACUGGUUGCCAGGAGGUAAUCAGGCAGUCACUGCAUCCUGGGAUCGAACGGCUUCUUUAUACGAUGUUGAAAGCGGACAGAUGCUUCAGUGUCUUUCAGGUCAUGACCACGAGCUAACUCACAUCACAACUCAUCCGCAUCAGAGGUUGGCAGUAACAGCUUCAUAUGAUACAACUUUUAGACUGUGGGAUUUCAGAGAACCCAUUCAUUCUGUGUCUGUUUUUCAAGGUCACACCCAAGCCGUAACUAGUGCCAUUCUUUGUGAAGAUAAAGUGAUAUCAGGAAGUGAUGAUCAUAGCAUCAAAGUUUGGGAUUUGCGCAAUAUGCGGUCACCGCUAGCAACAAUCCACUCUGACUCGGCCGUCAAUCGAAUGUCUGUAUCUUCUUCAAACAUUAUUGCCAUACCGCAUGAUAACCGACAAGUGCGCUUUUAUGAUUUGUCUGGCCAUCGAAUUGGACGUUUACCUCGAUCCAGUCGGCAGGGUCAUCAAAGAAUGGUUUGCAGCUCAGCGUGGGCAGAUGACGGCCUUUCUUGUAAUUUCUUCUCUUGUGGAUUCGACAGACUCAUUCUCGGUUGGAAUUUGGUUUCUAGUAAAGAUUAAAUGAUCUUCAUCCUUUGAAAGAGAUACCCACGUCCUUUAUAAUCUCUCUCCUGCCUGAAAAGGGGUGUGCAACAGUCACUCUUCCUUACCAUUUUGGUCAAGUGGUCUAACAGGAAAGAAUGGUAGGCGGACAUUUUUUGUUUCGUUCGAAGGAUCAUCUUUUUUAAGCGUAUUACUUAUAUUAAUGUCUACAGUUUUACAUCAACGAUAUAUUUAAAAUUGGAAAUAGUAUCAAUGGUGACGGUUUAUUGUCCUCUGAGCAGAGUGUUACCUUUGAUAACUGCGAUAAUGCUCUCUCAGUUUAUCAGGACUGAAAUAAAUUGUAUGGUUCCAAGAAGAGUAUUUUUAACGCACACAAUUUUCAUUGUCCUCGUAAAUGUUCAGCGUAGGACCACAUUCCUAUUUUAAUAUUGUAUUCUUGCGGAUAGAGUAACUACAUUGGGGGCAGUGGCAAAAAAAGAAAAAAAAAAAAAAAAAUGAAUCAAAACUGUUACCUAUCAGCCUUAACAGAAAAAUAUUAAGAAAAAAAAAAGAAGAAAAACUCAUCAUCUUCCUCUGAUUCAAACGGUAUGCUGUGCAAUAAAUAGAAUCAAACCAUUCGGCUGGAUUAAUAUUUAUAGCACUCAAUUUUAUUUUCCUUUGAACGGGAGGGGUGAAAAAUUAUAAAAAGCAGAACUUGCAACAGAUAAGAUGGCAGUUGUUUACUUCUGACAGUCACCCGUAAUAGACAAAUAUAGCAAAAUUCCCACAGAGGAAGGUAUUGAUUUCCGGUAUCUGUCCUCAAAAGCAGCUAAUGUCGUUGUAGCACUCUGUCAAUCCUCAAUCACUAUUGGACUACAGCAGCGUAGUCACUUGAAAACGGAAAGUAAAAAACAGCCAAUUUAUGUAACGUGAGAUAUACCUGUCCUCCAACUACGGACAUUUCUGAAAUUGGGCUGAAGUAAUAGAAAUAUUUGGUUUUGAAUGUUCAUUUUAAGUACCUAAUAAAAGUUUUUGUUUUUGAAUGUU